AUGGGUACAUCUCAGGAAGAUGGUCUGAAAGUGUCACAAACAAUCGCGAUACCGAGGGUACCAAGCCGCCGGAUGCUUGCCGUCACCUCGGCCGAAAUGUGGUCCUUCGUUCCGAGACGCAAGAUCGCCUUCUUUGGCAUCGCUGCUUUCAUCAUCACCAUCUUUUUGCUCACGCAGGCACAACAUCGCAGUUGGGCUUACGUAUCAGAGUGGCGUAACUCCAAGAUCUCAUGGCAGAAGCACGACGAUGUCAAGCAUCCUGUCGAGAGCAAUGUAGCAACGGACCUCGCCGAUCAGGCUGAGGGACAUCAGUCUUCGCCACCAUUUGCAUCGCCUGCACCGGUGCGGCCACCGCCUCCAGCAGCAGAACAUCAUGUACCGCCCCCGACAACGCAACAGCGCUUGACAUAUGCCCAAGUGAAGACCAAAAUCAAAGACCUGCUCGGCCUUUGGACACCUCCCAACGAUGAAGCACAUUAUCCACCUUACAAUGGCUAUCGCGACCAGGACUAUGAUCCAAACAGGUGGGAAGGACUUCCUUGGGAUAAUGGUUUCUAUCUUCGUAGUGGCGUCAAGGAUGUCAAAGCUGAGCCUCAGCCAUACUCACCCUACCCAGACUACAACUCGGAAUCGUGGAAACAGCAGUGGCGCGGGACGUAUGUUGCUUUUGAGGGCGUACGUGGCAAACUUCUGAACGAAAGCGAUGAGGAUGUGCUCAAGGUAUACGACAUGCUGCCGGGUGGAUUUCCUGAGGCGGCAAUCGGUUAUGCCAACUUGACAGGAACGUCCGUCUAUAGCCACUGUGUUGACCGCUACCAUCGGUACGGACCCUACGGCUUUGGUCAAGAAGGCAUUGACUCUCCCAAAUAUUGGCAAAGGCCAGUCAGUAGGCCAGACUGGAACUCUGUCGACUUCAAAAGACUUCAGGACCGAUGUCUAGUCGCCAACAGAGAUCGAUAUAUGCCUGAAGCUCGUCAGCCGUCAGAUGUGAAAUCAGUAAAGGACAGACCCCAAGCCGCAGAGCAUGCGCCUCACGGGCAGCAAGUGCGGUCGCCAAGCUACCAACACCGUACUGCUAUAUUGGUUCGCAUUUCUGAGGAGUACAAGUUCGAACACGACGAGAGACAGAACCGGGGGGGAGUAUCAAGUCUUCCUUCUGGUUGA